AUGAACGUCGAUAUCGGUAAACUGUGCAAAGAUUUGGCGUCUGGAACUGAUGCAGGUGCGUUAUAUGACCUGCUUCGAUGGGCGGGGAAACAGGAGAUCAUUGACCAGGUGCUGAACAAUCAGCUCCUACAAACUUCUCCUGACAAGCUCCAGAGUGCUGCGAAAGAGCUUCAAGGCAAAGACAUCCAUGUGCUUCCAUUCCGGCUGUUCAAGCUGUUCGACACCGUGGGCGAUCGCCUUGGAUAUGAAGCUCCAUACUUCUCUCGGCGCAAGGUCUUGCUUGUCUUUCUCUUAGUGCGUGGUUAUGGAACGAUCCGGAAGAUAUUACAACGCUCGAGGAGUGUAUUUGGGCCCUAUUGUGACGACUACACGUGGAGUUUGCCUUCACAUAUGCACGGGUCCACUUAA